AUGUCGGAAAUGGUCGCAUCUGCUGUUGCUAUCGUUCCCGACGACUCGGAACUGGACUCGAACCACAAUGGAUUAAAGCGGCGGCAGUCGGAUGAUCUCGAGACGGAAGACAGCAAGAGACGGCGGACCAGUGCGGGUAAGAUCACACCAAAAGACCCACUGGCCAGCAACACGGAGCCCACCACCUUACCGGAGAGCCCGGACCACACCACGAAGCCUGCCCAGAAGAACGAAUCAAGCCGCGACUCACGACGAAGAAGCGCGAUUCCUGAUGACAAGCAGCGCAGCAAGCGACUAUUCGGGGCCCUUCUUGGAAAUUUGAACGCCCAGCAGCCCAAUGACCGAGCUGCGAAGCGAAGAGCAGACAUUGAGGCAAGAAGAAAGGCUGAGCUCGCGAAACAGGAUAACGAACGACUCGAGGACAAGCAGAGACGCUUGCGGGAACUCGCUCAGCAUCGAAAAAGGGUGCAGAUAUCUGUCGAURAGCAAGACAUGCACACUCGACACAGGAAUCUGCUCGAUAUAGCGAACAUGUUGCAAACGGAAGCAGAACCCAGGCUGUAUUACAGACCUUGGGACCUCCUCCCCGACGAAGAAGCUCGAAUCGAAGACCAGCUCGCAGCGGUUCGUACUCAAAUUGACGAAGAGCUUGCCGACUYCGAGAUCGAGAAGAAGAAGCGGCUCGAGGUGCUGGACGGUAAGGGUACCGACCAGCAAUCUAGCGAUCGAGAAGCAUCGCAGCCUGUGGUAACCGAAGCACUACAAGACAACUCCGAGGAGCCCAAACAGGCCGCACACAUUGAUUCUGCUGACUCUGAAUCUAUAUCGAAGCCUGCUGAUCCUAGCAUUGACAGCGCGAAUGGAGAUGAGAAUCCAGAGGUCGCUACGCAGAAGGAGGUACAGGUAGACGGUGUUCAGGAGGUUGAGACGAAUAGGCAGGCGACUGCGAGUGAACAAAACCAAGAGGAGGCAGAAGACGAUGUUGAUGGCGACCACAUUGUUGAAGGUGACGAAGACAAUGUCAUCUAUUAG